AUGGAUUAUGGAUUGCUGAGGCAUGUCCGUCAUCGGGGCAUCGAUAUCCACCUUGACAGCAUAUCCCGAUGGGCGCGCUGUCAUCGGGACAUCCACAGUGACAUCACUAAACUUGGAUCGCAUCGCGCGAUGACCGCACCGACUCUGGGCGGAAGACCACUCGAAGAUCAGCCAUCCGACACGCCGACGCUGUUCGGUCAAAGGCGGUGGUCUCCGGUGGCCCGUGCGCCUGGCAAGCCCGACAACUCGCACGCAGCGUCCGCCGAUGCAAACCCGCCCGUCCGGGUGAAAACUGGGGAUCCCGCGCCGGAGAGCCUCCGGGGGAAGCCAAGGCUGGUGCCCAAGGUGAACGAGGAGGUUGUCGGGGAGCUGCCGAUGAACCGGGUGAGCAUCAAGGAGGACGCCGCGCUCGCCAGGGGGUUGAAGCAUCGUGCCGUGUAUGGCGCCGACUCCACGGAGUUAGACGAGGUGAAGGAGAUCUUCGUGCGCACGGUCCCACCGGAGGACCAGGAUUGGAUGCCAAAGUCGGCGACGCUUCUCAGUCCCGACAUCAACAACGCUCUUGCUUAA